AUGACUGCUGCAUUGUCCUCCACAACCCUUAAGCAGUCGAAGACUAGCCCCGCCACAUCCCUAAAGCAGCCACAGACUAGUCCCGUCUUAGCGGUAAAGCAACAACAGACUUGUCCUGCCACAGCCCUAAAGCAACCGCAGACUAGUUGCGCCACUAGCCCUGCCAAAGCACUAAAGCAACCACAGUCAAGCCUCGCCAUUGCACUAAAGCAACCGCAGACUAGUCCCGCCACAACCCUAAAGCAGUCACAGACUUGUCUUGCCACAACUCUUAGGCAACCGCAGACUUGUCCCGCCACAGCUCUAAAGCAACCGCAGACUAGUCCUGCCACAGCCCUAAAGCAACCAGCCAAAAUUCAACCGCAGAAUUGUCCCGCCACAGCCCCAAAGCAACCGCAGACUAGUCCCACCACAGUUCUAAAGCAACCGCAGACUAGCCCCGCCACAGCCCUAAAGCAACCGCAGACUUGUACCGCCAUAGCCCUAAAGCAGCCACAGACUAGUUCCGCCACAGCCAUAAAGCAACUGCAGACUUGUCCCGCCACAGCCCUAAAGCAAGUGCAGACUAGUCCCGCCACAGCCCUAAAGCAACCGCAGACUAGUCCCGCCACAGCCCUAAAGCAAGUGCAGACUAGUCCCGCAACAGCCCUUAAGCAACUGCAGACUAGCCCCGCCACAACCCUAAAGCAACCGCAGACUAGCCCCGCCACAGCCCUAAAGCACCCGCAGACUUGUCCCGCCACAUCCCAAAAGGCAACCGCAGACUAG